GUUGUGCUUGUGCGGAGGGAGAAGCAGCGCUGUUCUACAUCAAACAGCAACGGCUGUUCGAUACGUGGGCCGUGCAACAGUGGAGGUCGGUUCUGCCUGCCAGCUGUGCGAAGGAGCCUUCUCAUGGAUCCGGACAGCAUUUCAGAUCCACCCCUAUGUUUGUAUGUUGGGAAGUUCGCCGAAGAUACAACUCCAGGGGAUCUCUGGGAAUUACAAACAGUGUUAAAGGAGCCGCUCACCUGGAAAUUAUAAAAAAAGAAAAAGAGAAGCCGUAUGCUAUUGUUACAUUCAAGGAUGCACAGUUAGCUUCCAAUGCCGUUCCACUGGUCAACAAGAAAGAUCUAAAUGGAAAGGAGAUAGCAGCUUCUAUUUUCGUGCAUGGUCAGUACAUAAUUGAGGAUAAGCCACGGAAGUACAAGGAUUUCAUCGGCCGCCUGCGUAACCUCGUCGCCCGCCGCAACGAUGGUGCCCUGGAGUAUAUCGACGAGGGAGAAGACGGCAAAUCAGGCACUACCAACCCAGUAGUGCUUGGGGAACAGCGAGGUGGACAACGUCCAAAUCGGUGGAUUCACAUCAAGCUGUUUGCGAAGGACAGCGAAGAGUCAACAACACUAGUCAUCCGGGAUGACAACCUUUAUGUCAAAGGCUUCACCGGCAGGGACGGAAGAUGGUUCGAGCUUUGCGAGGCGAGAGAACCGGAGAAUGAGAAGCUCCCAAAGGAAAUAUACCGCAAUCCCACGAGGCUGACAUGGGGUAGCAAGUACGACAAUUUAAUGAAGCUUAAUGACAGGGAGCAAGUCAAGGAGACACUCAAGAACACGAAGCUGGGUAAGGACUUCGCGGCGAGGGCCGUGCUCAGGCUCUCGCGCUACUGCCAAGAAGAUGUAGAGAAUAAUGAUGAUAUCCCCGUCCGGGUGGGAUUGGCGGGCCUGAUCGUGAUGAUCUGUGAGUCCGCAAGGUUCAAUCCUAUCCUCGACAACAUUGCAGAUUCUCGUUCGUGGAAUCAGGGGCGGGGACUAGCAGCGCUGAAGGAUCUGGCCGGUCUUAUCUGGAAUUGGAAGAACAUGUCAGCCGCUCUGCUCAAGUGGAGGAACAGUCGUGGUAAGGACCCCUGGAACGGACAGUGCGGUGCCGAUACUCUUAAACAAGUGACAAAAUAUGUUAAGCUUGUGCUCAAGGCCAAAGAUCGCCGUAACGAAGUCCACGUGGAGGUUCUUGGAGUCUCUGCCAACUUGGACGUCGGUGACAUCAAUGUCAUCGAUGAAUAUAACCGGCUGCAGAAUAUCUACACUAAGAAACAAGGACAUGAUGCGAACAAGGAUAGAGACGCUACUAAUAAACUUGUGACCGGCACCAUCAGUUCAGUGUCAGAGCAACAUCGGUUCACGGAACUGGAGCUUAAUGUGUGCGACACCGGCACAGGCAUCUCAUCAGGGCGUGAGUGGUUCGUCAUGAGAUUUAAUCUCCCACACCCCGAACAUGGCGUUGAAGAUACAGUCAUCGAAAGGAGAUGGGAUUGCCGCAAGGAACAGGAUGGAGAUGCUACUGAACUUGUGAACCGCACCAUCGGUUUAGACGACGCUGGGCACAAGAUAGUCGUCAGUUACUUGGUGAUGUCCAAUGCCAAAGAGGCGAAGGUGGUGGUCAAGCUCGCUGGGAAGCAUGCAUAUUUGCGUCAGAGAAUUAUAUGGGGCAACGGUGGCAGCAAAUACACCGCUUACGGUAAAAUUACCGCGCAGAUCGUUGGCUUGGAGCAUCACCCGAUCGUGCUCUUCAGAAAGGCAAAGGAGGAGGCCAUCCCCAUUGAGCGGUUAACCCUCUCACUGGACCGAUCUGUCGUUCAGGUUCCGCAAGGUAAGGGGCUCCAGAUUGACAUGAAGGGCCUGCAUGUUAUUACUGAAGUUGAUGAGAGUCCCAGAAACCGAGGGCCCCAGAUUACUGAAAGUUUCAAACCCCGAGAGCUCCAGGUUAACGGAAAGCCCGUCAUAUUCCCCUAUGGAGAAUCGAGUCCAAAUACCAGCGCUGACGACGUCGUCGGUGAAGUUCAAGUCAACGUCAACUGGGAGACUCGAGCGCGAAACAAGAGCGAAUCGUCACAUCCUGGCCAAGCGCUAAAUUUCGACAUCAAUUGUUUUGCUACAUCCAUUGCAAACCUGCGUAAAAUUGUCGCCCACAGAGACAAUAAUCCAGGCACCACCGAGUAUGUCCAUGGUCACCCAGUGCUCGCCAGGCCACGUGCUAACCAGCCGCCGCGGUGGAUCCGCAUCACGCUGCUGGCAGCAGACGAGGAAAAGUCGUCGACGAUCAUAGCCGUCAGGGAUGACAACUGUUGUGGAUUUGGAUUCAGGAACCAGAGCGGGGUUUGGUACGACCUUGGCAACCGGGCACUCCCAGCAGAGUACAAUUCCGUACCCCUAGACUGGGGCGUCUCCUCCAAGGACACAACACUGAGCGUUGUCAAAGACUGGGAUGAAGCCAUCUCCUACAAGGACAUACUGAACGUCAAAGACUGGAAUGAAGCCGUGAGUAAUCUGGAGUCGUCGGUGAAGCAGGGCAAGAACUUCGCAAAGCAGGCCGUUCGCACGCUGUGGCGCUACCCAGAUGUGGAGGAGGGUGUCAACCCUAGGCUGGCCCUAGCAGGCCUCAUGGUCAUGGUCUGCGAGUCCGCAAAGCUGAACACUCUCUAUGAAUACUUUGUAGAGAGAUGGGACACCGGGUCUGGCAGACAAUCCUUCUCCGAGCUACGACUGAUGGAUCACAUCAGGAACUGGGGUGACAUAUCACGAGCUCUGCUGUACUGGAGGGAUCACCGUUACUGCAAAUGGCACAAAUAUUUGCCAAAGGAGACGAUGGAUAUUAUUAGUCGCGGCGUUGAUCCCUCAGAAAAUAUUAGUGACCGCGCAGAUCAAGCACAACGUAUCGUUCACCUCGUGUUCAACUGGCAGGAUCAGAUCGACAUGGAGUACGACAUCGAGGAUAAAGAAGGGUUCACUGCAUUCAUCGGGAAGCUGCGUAAGAAGCUCGCCUAUCACUUUGACCGCGAGGAUCUCUUGGACCGCCGUCUGGACCUGCCUGCAGCCUUCUCCUCUGCCAGAGACAAUAAUCACCCAGUGCUAGCCAGGUAUCGUGCUGGGCAGCCAGCGCGGUGGUUUCACAUCAAGCUGAAAUUGGUGGAAAGGAACAAGGAAGAAAAGUCGACUACCCUAGCCAUCCGGGAUGACAACUUGCUCGUAGUUGGCUUCAUGAACGAGAAAGGAAUUUGGUACGAGCUUCCUAACCUCUUCAAGCAGAGCACCGGCUCGGGGAUACUCCCAGCAGAAUACAACUCCAAACCCCUAUACUGGGACUGGUCCAGGGAGACCAUGAGAGACCUCCUCGCCGGCUUCUACCCGGGUCAGCCGAGCACGUUCUUGCGCAACCUGUCGAGCCACGACCCAGCAAAAGGGUCAGCGAUACGGGAACUGAUGGGCCUGACAAUCAUGGUCUGCGAGUCGGCAAGGCUCAAUAGCAUCUGUGACUUCUUUGCAAGUGGCGGCGUCGGUGACAAGUUUGCAGAUACAAGGCACUAUAAGUACUGGAAAUAUGAUAACAUCAAGGAGGAUGAUUUCAUCGAGGACCUGCUGCGUCACAUAACGAAUUGGGACCUCCUGUCAGACGCUCUGCUGACGUGGAAGGAUGGCGGCUACUCUUACAACAUUUCUGAUGAAGAGAAACUGAAAAAUACACUGGUGGCCAUUCACCUCGUGUUGAACCGACAGCCACCGCCGAGGCUAUAUGAAAUAUAUGAAGACUCUUCAUCUGCCUCUUGAAGAGGUACUAUUUGCCGUCCGAACCGCGCGUGUGAUUCGUUUGUUUUCUUCUUUUUCUUCUCCUUUUCUAUUUCCUCUCUCAUAAUUUCUAUGUUCCUUUCUUUAUUUCCUUCUACAAGUGGACAUGCACCUGUGACACGCACGUGUCUAUACUGUGAUUGGCUGUGCAUUGCGAUGGACAAUAUUUAUGCAUCAACGGUGACACAUUUAUAUGUGCUAAAAAAUCA